AAAGACACAUACUAUCGAUCGCAUUGCUGUUACCCACACUCGACGCGCGCAUCAACACACAGACAUAUACACACAUACCAAAAGAAAAGAUCAUCACCAUGCUAUCGAGCUUGACAACCAAGAUCGCCCUGAGGAAGGUGGGCCUAAACAGCAAGAGCUUCGACUUCAGCGGCGUCGGCGGCGGUCCGACAGACUCAAAGAGCAGCAAGAAGGGUUCCAACGCGGGCCUCGACGAUGACGCGGCGGACGGGAACGCGGGGGGCUGGCCGGCGUGGAUGUCGAUGAAGUCGUUGCCCAUCACCGUCGCGCCGUGGUUCUCCCCGCCGCCCCCGCCGGUCCCCAUCGGCGAGGUUCCGAAGAUUGGUGAACUGGCCCCGUUGGACCGCGAUAGGCAGCUCGAGUUUGGCCGUGGCCGUCCCGUUCUCGUUGUCUUUUUACGCUGCGUUGGUUGUGCUUUCGCCCAGAAGACCUUCCUUGCCCUACGGGACCUGGCCAACAAACACGCCCGCACCCUAACCUGCAUAGCCGUCUCACACUCCUCCCAGGCCGCGACCAACAAGUGGAUCGACAUGCUCGGCGGCGCCUGGAACGUACAAAUCGUCGUCGACGAAGACCGCGCUAUCUACGCGGCCUGGGGCCUGGGCCUGGGCAACGUGUGGUAUGUCUUCAACCCGACGAGCCAGGUCCAGGGGUGGAAAGAGAAAGGGUGGUUGGGCGAAAAGGUGGCCGGGGCGAUUCAGAGGACGGGCGGGGCUGCUGCUGAGAAUGCUGCUUUUGCUGCAGCGAAGAAGCAGCCUCCGCCGAUGGAGAGGAGGGGCACGGGGAUGAGCGGUGCUUCGGCUGUGAGCGUUGGCGGUGGGGAGGACGGGGACGGGGGGGCGAGUACGGUUAUGGGGAAUAAGUGGCAGACUGCGGGUGCGUUUGCUGUUGAUGGUCGGGGGACUGUUGUUUGGGGUGGCAAGGCUUUGAGGGCUGAUGAUCCGAUGGAUUUGGAGAUGGGUGUAAAGGUCUUGGGGGUGUAGACGGAGGAGUUGGCGAGA